GAGAGAGAUGAGAAGCUGACAAAAUGGCUGUAGCGACAGGAGUGGGUAAAACUAGGAAUACAAGAAAAGAUUCCUAAGCAGUGCGAGUAAUCGGAAAUGAGCACUAUUUACUUGUCCUGGAGUGCCACAAUUGUGCUGCGACUACAAAUUUGAGUUCAUAGCAAGCUUGCCAACGAUUAAAACCGAUCAACAUACGGGUUCCGUGAUCGACACAGGACGUCAUACAGCUAGCUAGCUAGCCAGCCAGCUAACUAAAAGCACUUCGAAUAAGUGUCGCUGGCUUGCUAACCAAGGAAACUGGAGAGCUAGCUAGUUAGCGGGUUAACGGUGUUCAAGCUGUCUUGAGCUAAGUAAUAUGCAUUCUGUGUUAAUUUCCCCCAAGUAUGCUUGACGUUUGGUCGUUUUUACAGUUUGCUACCUCUGACAUGUUGAAUUGCAGAGACGGGACCUUUAACGUUAAGCCAAUUAUUCAGCGAGCUAGUAGACGAUAGCUAACAGGCCACAAUUUAGACAGCUAGUGAGCCAUCGAGCUAACUGGGCAGGCUUUGUCGGGGUGCAAGUCAGAAUAAUUUUAUAAACCUGAAUUACGAUUCCUCACCACCACUCAAAAUCAGCAAUUCGAUGUGAAUAAAAGUUAAUGUAGCUUGUUAGCAUCAAAUGUGAUAUAGCUAACGAUAGUUGGUUGGCUAGCUAGCUAGCUAGCCUAGCUCUCUCAGAAAUGAUCAGGAAUUCCUGGCUUGCUAGUUCGGUUAGUUAGUUAGUUAACCUGCAAGCUGGUAACAUUAGCUUUAAAAACAGUUUUGUUUUUUCCCUUCAAUUAAGCAAAACUAUUCUGUUUGUGGUUUUUGUAGCUAGCCACAGUAGCUUGUAGUGCAGAAUCGCUCGUCUGCCGACAUUUGUCCCGUGUCUGACGUGAAUCUGUAAACCGUAGGACUAAAAUUUAAAGAUGUCAGAAAAUCAGGGUAACGUGAACAAUAAUCCCCUUAAUAACAAUGGAGGGGCGAACCGAAUACGGAACCCCAACAUCAACCAAAACCCACUCAUCAACGUGCGGGACCGGCUUUUUCACGCUCUCUUCUUUAAGAUGGCAGUUACAUACGCAAGGUUGUUUCCUCCGUCUUUCAGAAGAAUUUUCGAGUUUUUCGUCCUGCUAAAGGCCCUGUUCGUGCUCUUCAUCCUGGCCUACAUCCACAUCGCCUUCUCUCGCUCCCCCAUCAACUGCCUGGAGCACGUUCGGGAGAAGUGGCCCCGCGACGGCAUUCUGAGGGUGGAGAUCCAGCGCAACUCCAGCCGGGCGCCCAUUUUCCUGCAGUUCUAUGAGACAGAGGGCUUCCAGGGCCUGGUGAAGGAACCGGAGGGCGAGGGUGGGGGGCUGGGCUCGCUGCACCAGGAAGAGGAGGAGGAGGAGGAGGAGAUGACCCUGGAGAUGUUCGACAACAGCUCUGUGCAGUUUGAGCUGGAUAUCGAGCCGCGCCUGAAGCCCUCCUUGAGCAGCAGCGGGCCGGGGGUGGGUCUCAACGACACUCAGGACCUCUCCUUCAGUCAGGCGCCCACUAAAGGUAUGCAGCCGCUGAGGGAGACAGUCUCCGAGAUUGAGAUGCUAACCCGAGCAGUAUGGCCACAGGAGGAGUAUAUUGUGGAGUAUUCACUGGAGUAUGGGUUCCUACGGCUGUCCCAGAACACACGGCAGCGUCUCAACAUCCCUGUCAUGGUGGUCACUCUGGACCCAAUGAAGGAUCAGUGCUUCGGGGAUGGCUUCAGUCGCUUCUUGUUGGACGAGUUCCUGGGCUAUGAUGACAUCCUAAUGUCCAGUGUGAAGGCAUUGGCAGAGAACGAGGAAAACAAAGGGUUUUUGAGGAACGUGGUCUCUGGGGAACACUACCGCUUUGUCAGCAUGUGGAUGGCGCGCACCUCCUACCUGGCCGCCUUCGUCAUCAUGGUCAUAUUUACACUUUCUGUUUCCAUGCUGCUACGGUACUCACACCAUCAGAUCUUCGUCUUCAUUGUGGACCUGCUGCAGAUGCUGGAGAUGAACAUGACCAUCGCCUUCCCAGCAGCCCCUCUGCUCACUGUCAUUCUGGCUCUUGUCGGUAUGGAAGCCAUCAUGUCAGAGUUCUUCAAUGACACAACUACAGCGUUCUACAUCAUCCUCAUUGUGUGGCUGGCAGAUCAGUACGAUGCCAUCUGCUGUCACACCAAUACGAGCAAGCGCCACUGGCUCCGGUUCUUCUAUUUGUAUCAUUUUGCGUUCUAUGCCUACCAUUACCGCUUCAACGGACAGUAUAGCAGCCUGGCUCUGGUCACAUCCUGGCUCUUCAUACAGCACUCCAUGAUCUACUUCUUCCAUCACUAUGAGCUGCCUGCCAUCCUGCAGCAGAUCCGCAUCCAGGAGAUGCUGCUGCAGAACCAGCAGGCCGGCCAGGGCAACCAGACCACAUUGCAGGACAACCUCAACAACAACACUAGCAGCGCCGCGCCCAACGAGAGAGCUGCUGCUGCUGCCGCCGACGCUAACGGCCAGGUCCACCCGCCCACCGACGCCCAGCCCUUGGCCCCGGCCCCUCCCCUUCCCCAGCCACACCCCAACGGCCUGGUCAGUCCAGACACAGGAGAGGUGGGCAAUGACCUGGACUGGGUAGCUGAGACUGCGGCGAUAAUUACGGAGGCGCUGUCGGCCCCACAGCUGGGGGGGUCGCUGCUGGAAGCGGAAGGGCUCCGGGAGGCAGGGGUCGCUGAUCCGGGUGUCAGCGUGGUGGCUGAGCUCCGCGUCGGGGGCGUCACAGGAGGGGGAACGGAAGGAAGAGGGGUCGGGGUGGCCGCGGAAAGCAGCAGCAGCAGCCCCGGCUCGGCUGGCGUGGUGACCGUGGAGAUCCGAGCGAGUGGCUGCGCACAAGGGCCGGGCCCAUCCGGUGGGGCACCCCAGGAAGCAGAGCCCACGCCCCCUGCAGGCCCAGCCACUCCACACACAGACUGUAGGGGACCCGAUGCGGGGGGGGCGGACAACGUGAGGCAGAAUGACAUAGACUGGGAUGCUAAGACAGAGGACGACUCCCGGGCUAGCCCCCCAGCUCCCGACCCCCAACCCACUCCAUCCUGAGCUCCACCCACACACUUCCACAUGCAGAUCGAUCGUUCCCCCCCGCCCCUUUCUUCAACACCAUGUCUUUUGUGUGGACAAAAAGCAAGGGCCUUUUUUUUUGAUGUGGCUUAAUUAAUUUCUUUAAGAAGACUUAGAGGGGAAGUGAGAGGAAUGGAAAGUGCAGAAUUUCCCACCCCCAUUUUCCCCUUGGGAAGCGGGGCUUAAGUAAGCUUUUCAUUUUCUUUCCUGUGGGAUUCGCAUCACAGUAGAUUCUUAUUGAAUUAUGUUGUUAAACUGGCCACAUGUUAAAGUGUGCUAAUUUGGAAAGGCUACAUUUGUUUCCAGGUGAUUUAUGUUUUAAUCGAUGAUCAGUUUGUUUAAACGCUGAGGUGGUGUAGCCAGAUUUGUGCAGGUGGUAUAGAAGAGAAACUAUUUCCAGUGUGAUUCUGUAAAAUAAAGGUGCUGACCCGUGUGGAGUUGAAGGUAGCGGUGUCUGUAUGAAAGGCAGAUUUGAAGUGAGGCAUGAGCUCUCCCGCCCUGGCCGGUUUGGGGAGCACACAGACGGCCAUCGUCAGACCCGCGUCACCGAGGGCCGCCUUGCCCGGGGGCUUAUGUCCUUUUUCCAUUCCAUCUCGCCAAAGCCGCUUUGACUCAUUCAGAACAGAAAAAUAUGUUCGUUCGUUUGUAUGGCCCUGUCUUGGAGCCGCACAUGUUUCUCAGUAGCGCGGGGACAGCGGUGAGACGGCUCUGUCAGAACGGAGCUCCUCUGUCCCGCUCUGUGGCGUUGGCGUGGCCGGCGAGCUGCAGCGUGAUUCAAACGUCUGCCCGCAUCAGCCUUCAAAGCUGCUUGUGGUGUUUGCAGUCCGAGACUCCAGGCUGCAAUCAGAACGGCAGCCGGUGUCAUAUUGAAUGGAGCAAGAGUUGGUGAGUCAGGUGGGGGCGUGGGGAGGGGGGUUACUCAUCCAGCUCUCGCCCAGUCCUGCUAGAUUUCCCACUGAUUACAAUCAAACUUAACUAGGUUCCACCUCAAGUACCUGAUUAUUGCAGCUGCCUAUCUGCAGCUUCUCUGAGAGAAUCCCUCAUUGGCUCUUGGAGCGCACAGAUAUAUAUAUAGCACUCGUCUUAACUCUUCGCAGUGAGUUUCUGGAGGGAGGAUUACCAGGGAAAUGCCAGGCAAAGUCAGACCUGGACACACAGUAGCGAUGUAGUCUUGUAGAAAAUGAAUAUCUGUAAGCAAAUGUAGUUUGUGCAUGAAGGCUUAGCUAUCGCCUUAAGCCCUGCACUGUUUGCCACACAGGGGACUUAAAAAAUGCUUUAGCUUUCACUUAUGGCCCUUGCUACUUUGCUAUUAUACUGUUAAAACAACCCAACAAACUACAAUAGGCUAUACUGGAAGUAAGCAGCACUAUGGUUAGCCACCUUAACGCUGAGGAAAUGAAAUGUAGAGUCACGUCUUCAUCUCAGAGUAGUGCACGACAAUGCCAUGCUCUCACGGGUUUCGCACGCUUUCUCGCAGGCAUUUAAGUUGCUGUCAUUUCAGACAGUUAAAUGACAAGAGUGAUCUGUCUAUGUGCUGUGUAUUUUACAGACUGAAAUGCCACUCUCGAUUGGUACUAAAUUCCCCAGACUUGUCGCUAUGUGCUCGAAGUACAGCAUUUCACUCCAGGUGCUGAAGGUGAUGUUGAAUACUGUGUCCAAACCUGAGUGGUUUGGUUUUCUAACAUAUGGAAAUGGACAUGUAAAUGCUGGCAAAGGCUUGCUACACGAUACAAAACGGUUAAUUACAUUUUUUUGAAUAGCCUUACAUGGAGUUUUACUCUUGCUAGUAACACUUCUUGCUCCAGAGCUCCUAGACUUUAAAGGACAGGCGGCUAGUUUUACCACCCCCCCCCCCCAAAACCCAUCUGGCCCCCUUGAGAGACCAAACUGUUGUGACCUGAGGGACACUGCUAAGGAGGACAGUGCAGUCCACAGUGUAUCUGCCUGUCUCUUCAAGCCUGUUUUAGAAGUGACUUCUUGUGUUCCACUUUCCUGGAACAAGAGGGUUACCAUUUUCUCUGUAAAAAUUAUGUAAAUGGAACUAAGGGUAUAACCUGCUAAUGGGUGUUUGGGUGGGUGUGUGUGCCUCUUAAUGCCGAAAGGUUGAAUGGGCAGUAACGAAGCCGAUAUAUAAUUAACUUACGCACUGCUUCAUAAUGGACUGAUCCCAAUCUGCUGCCUGGAGAGCUUAAUUUUGAUGAUGCCUUAUAUGAUUCCAUUUUUUCCAGUUGGGAGUUGCAAAUGCGACACUUUUUGCAACACAAGUGGGCUAGAGACAAAAAUUGGUUAAAAUCUUUUGUGCUUUUGAAAUGAAAAAAAAAAAAUGCAGUGUUUCAGUAAUGGCUAUGCAAUAUGCAGGGCAAAAUGAAAAGGGCCCAUUGGUUCAGGAAUGAUGCAGGUAGUUUAAAUUGUGCAAUACGGCAAUAUUCUGUUUGAUUCACGUCUUUUGAGUUUGUUUUUAGAAGAGAUGUAACUAAUACAAUUAAUGAACAACCCUAAUGAUAAGGUUUCCAGACAAGUCAUGUGUUUAUAUUUCUGUGCCUAUUUGCUGUCAUGGAAGAGAAAGCAGGAUGAUUGUAGCCUUGGAACAGUUGCUCUUCAUUGUAGAUGUUCUUUUAGACAAUGUAAACAAAUCCUUAAAUCUCUGAUGGACUAGAUUUCUUAUCUCAUUCAAAUGUAUUUAACUGUAACAUAAAAACAUCUGCAGAAAAAA